UCAGCCACAGCAUGCAAAUAAUUAGUGAUAAUGCAGUAAUAUCCGUCCUGCCAUAUGCUUUUGCAUCAAGACGGAGUUUCCUGGGUGGACUGCCAGAGGUUGUUUGAAGGGCAAUACAUUCAGAUACCUGGAACAUGAACUAGAUUUGAUCCUGUUUAACGUUUUCGCCGGAAACGAUCUCCCCAGCUCCUGGGUGGGGUGUCUGGAGAGUUCUGGUAUUUGUAAGUUAUGUUUGCUUUUCUUGGGUGGCUCCACUCCCUAUAAAAGGUUAGAUCUGUGACUGGUGCAGCAAAGGAAUCGCUCUGUCUCCCUGGCCAGAAGCUUCGGAUGCUGAAAUCUGCAGUUAGACGCCUCAGCAACACUGGAACUGGGAACCAGUCAACAAUGAAGCAACUCGCUCUGCUGCUGCUCCUCAUCUCAGUAACCAGGGCGACCCCUUGCGCCAAGAGUGUGGGUACUGCUGAACUGAAACUUGCCAUCCGUAACCUGCUGGAGAACUGGAAAGACACGUCCUGCUCCCAGAGUGGCCAGAGUGGCCAGAGCGGCCAGAGCGACCAGAGCUACCAGAGCCUGCCCCGCAGCUGCAAGGAAAUUAAAACCACCCGGGCCGGGGCUGGAGAUGGGAUUUACACCCUGCGCACCGAGAACGGCGAGACCUACCAGACCUUCUGCGACAUGACCACCAAGGGGGGUGGCUGGACCCUGGUGGCCAGCGUGCACGAGAACAACAUCUAUGGCAAGUGCACCAAUGGCGAUCGCUGGUCCAGCCAGCAGGGGAGCGACGUCAACUACCCAGAGGGAGACGGCAACUGGGCCAAUUACAACACCUUCGGCUCCGCGGUGGGCUCCACCAGCGACGACUACAAGAACCCUGGUUAUUAUGAUCUGCAAGCUGAGGACCUGUCCGUGUGGCACGUAACCAACAAGACACCCCUGAAGGAAUGGAAGAACAGGUCCAUCCUGAGGUACCACACCGAGAACGCCUUCCUGUCCUCAGAGGGGGGUAACCUCUUCAAACUCUACCAGAAAUACCCAGUGAAAUACGGCGCUGGCGUCUGCAAGACUGACAAUGGCCCCGCCGUGCCCAUCAUCUAUGAUGUUGGCGAUGCCCAGCAAACCACCAACUAUUACGCUCCAAACAGCCGAACUGAAUUCACUGCUGGCUACAUCCAGUUCCGCGUGUUUAAUGCUGAGAAGGCGGCCAUGGCUCUGUGUUCUGGGGUGAAAGCGACCGGCUGUAACACUGAGACUUACUGCAUAGGUGGAGGAGGGUUCUUUCCAGAAGCGAACCCAAUUCAGUGUGGUGAUUUCCCUGCCUUUGCCUGGGAUGGCUAUGGAACCCAUCGGAGCUGGAGCGUAUCCAAGGAGAUGCUUGAAUCCGCAGUGCUGCUGUUCUACCGCUGAGUCCAGAAAGGCUGGCGUGACCCAGUGAACAACGCUGCUUCACUCCAGCCACAGCUGCUCCCUGGGAGGAGCAUUAUGGCCUCAGCUGUGGUCAUCUGUGAUUCAAAUAAAGAAAGUGAAG